CUAGUCCUGCCGACAACAACUACCAAGUUUAGGAUUGACUUUGAAUUUCGCUAUUGAACAUUUAUUCUCACUUGCUUUCAAGGCGUUUAUGUUCAUCGGCAACUCGCUUUCAGUUCGUUUAACUUGAGAUCUUGAGAUAAAAUAACAUGUUCUCUUCGCCUUGAUUCGAUUAUAGUUCCUAAACACUGGACUUGUCCCGUUCAUUUUUAAUUCAAUUUUCAUUACUUCGUUGGAGUUACCCCCAGAAUGACGGCGGUCGUUGUUCCUCCUACCCAAUCUCGAGUCCCAGUGGGUUUAUCGGUGAGAGUCCCGCAGACCAUCUUACCCACCACUCCGUACCAUGGUCCAAGUAACUACUCCAUUGACUUUCUUCUCGGACGAAAAGCCCCUGAUCUUGAGAAAUCCAAUCGGGAAGAGAUAGCCAGAGACCGCUCACCGGUCCGCCUGGGAAACCGUGGUGAACAUGUUGAUCAGGAUGAUGUUACUGUUAGCUGCAGAAGAGAUCACCAUGGGCUUGAUGUCUACGACUUUGAAUCGAAGGGUGAUCGAGAUAUGGAUGAUAAGACAUCAGUAAAAUCAGCAUCAUCAGCAUCCAGACGACCGCGCUGCAUCCCACCACCCCUGACAAUGUCCUCACCUACACCACGCAUCCUACCAUCAUCAAACAUCCCUCACAUCAACCCAGCACUCAUCUCACCCACAUCAUCUACGCAUUCAUCAUCAACGUCAUCCCUCGACUCCGAAUUCGCCACCGCGGUCGACGUCGACCGAACGAUGAUGUUAGCCGAUGAGGUCAACGCAGCGGAUGAGGGUUUCGGUGACGGUUCCUGCCGGAAGCUCCGGCGAUCUAGGACCACCUUCACCACAUUCCAGCUGCAUCAGUUGGAGAGAGCCUUCGACAUGACCCAGUAUCCAGACGUUUUCAUGAGAGAGGAACUGGCCCUUCGAUUGGACCUCAGCGAAUCACGAGUCCAGGUUUGGUUCCAGAAUCGACGGGCCAAGUGGCGAAAGAAGGAAAAGCUCUUCGACCGCAAGAGUCCUUGUAGUUUUGGUGGUUUUGGUAAACCCUAUCCCGUCGAGAUGAGUAAGAUUGCAGAUCCCUUGUUUCAUCCGACAGACAGGCCCUGUCACCCUGCAUCCUUAAUGGCAUUCUCGAACCGAGGGAUGACAGGAAUGCCACUCCCAGGCAACGCCUUCGGCCUCGGAUUACCCUCUACCCUUUCAACAGCGCCCCCUCCCCUUUGGAUGGCCAAUCCUUACCUGGCAGGAGUUCUGCGUGGUAGCGAGGCUCCCCACUUCGCAUUACAUCCCACUCCUGACGCUGAUAUAUUUAGCACCGGACGCAGGGCGAUGGACUUUGUUAGCUGGGCAGGCGCAGCAGCGGCUCACGACGGCGCCAAGCUCUCCCAUUCCCUUCCAAUCUCCAUCCCGAAACUCUACAUGUCGCCUGCCGAGAAAGGAAGGAGAAUGGAGGAAGAAGCAAGGAAAAAGAAAAGUAUCGAUGCCCUCAGAUCCAAAGCCAAGGAUAACUUUUUAAGCGAUUCCUCCUGCUGUUCUCCUCCAAGUUCACCGCUCUCAGUCGAAUAAACUUUACAGGACAAAAUGGAAUAGUCCAUUUUACCCAACAGAUCAAACUGAUUACGAUUUUCAAAGGAGGAAGCCCUUUUUUCUCCGAACUUUGACUUCACUUUGUAUAAAACGAAGAUAUAAACGUCGGCUCCUACGCACUGGUAAUUAACAAGAUUAAUAGACCGAUAUAUUGGUUUGCAUCGAGUGGGAUUUGGUCUUUCAAUAAGCAAUUAUCAAGUCGCUUACUUAUAUAUUAUUUGUAAUAUUGUAUUUUAAAGGUGCUCGAUUUCUUCUUCUUGUAAUGUAGAGUUUUUGCGUCCUGUAUGGAUUCGACGAGUAUGUACAAUAUUGGAAACAGAGUUUUGAUACAACCCGUCUUUGUCACUAUUUUCCUUAGUGUACAUGCUAGUUAAGUAUCAUACCGGAAUACCUAUAUUCACUUUCCCUUUUUCUAUUUUGUGCAAUGUAGUAAAAUACUGUUCGAAGUAACGUUUCAAAUAAUCAUGUUUUUAUGGUUCAAAAUAAUGUAGAUACCUAGAUUGAUGGACAUUCGUUGAAAUAUUAGAUACUAUUUCGUUUUCUGAAUUACUUAAUAGUCACAUUCGACCAAUUUUUUCUUCCAUUCUGAUUGUAAAACAUGGUCGUCAGUGUAAAUUUGGGCCAUAACUUAUCAGAACAACGUAUUUAUUCAUCCCUUUAUUCAUAUAUCACGUGUUUAGAUUUUUGACAUGAUUAGUGUAUAUCAUGAUAUACGUACCGAUUUUAUGUAAUGCUCACGGUACUUUAUACGAUCUACAGUAGCAUAUUCUCUUCCGAUUUUUAAUAAUAUAAAAACUCAGUAUUAUACAACAUCUGAUUACUUAAUCAUCAACAUGUCCAAUAAACAGAAAGCAAUAAAAUUCUACUAUUCGGCAAACAAGUGUUUGAGGGUAGAAAAAAAGUUCUGAUAAGUUUACACAGGGGAGAAGGAUAUAGAGGUACUUUGCCUGAAUAUUGGCGAUAUUUUAACUAGCAUUUUCAAAAUCAAAAUGCCAUGAAGAUUCGGACGUUUAACAUUGAAAAGCAUAUAAUACUCCACCCGACAUCCCCUGAAAGGAUUCGAAUUACACAAUCUUUAGAUGGAAAUGACUCCGCAUGUGUCGGAAUAUAAUUAAGUAAUGACAGACAUCAUUCUUAUAAUUUGUUUGUGUAGCUACAUUUUAUAUUUUUAGAUUCUUUAUGUGAUUACAUUUUAGAAUCAUUUUGUUUCAUGUAUAUUUUACAGCAACUUUGAUACGCCUGAAAGGCUAUGACACUAUUUAAACAAAUGACUAUACUUGUAUGUAUAUUAUUAUUAUGUGGUUUAUGUCUUUGCCAAACUGGGAUGGUAUUAAAUGAGCUCAAAGCUACUAAAACAUCA